UCAUGUCCGAAAUCCGAAACAAAAACCCUAGAAAAGCCCUAAUUUACCUGCGCCAUACUUCGCAACUCUGCAACAAAUUGUUCUUUCCUUUCCGGGAGGAAACAACCCCACAAUCUUCACUGGUUUCCUUCGUCAACCCUCUUGGCUUAAUUUAAAGGUUUAGUAAAUGGGUGUACUCAAUAAAAGAACUGCCUUACUAAAGGAGGAUGCAGUGGAAGAUGAUGAUUUGGUGGAUGUCAGUGGUGAUGAGUCUGAAACUGAAUCUGAAUCAGAACCAGAAGAAGGAGAUGAAGAUGUGAAAUUGAGCGAACCAUCAAAGAAUGCAAUUUACAACACUGAUGGUCUCCUUGAUAAACUUGGAGAUAUUAGCUGGCCAGAUAAUGUAGAAUGGAUACACAAGCUUUCCAUUGAUAUUGAUCAAGAGCAAGAAGUGGAUGUGAAUGACGACUUAGCAAGAGAGCUUGCCUUCUAUACUCAGGCUCUGGAGGGAACGAGGCAGGCUUUUGAAAAGCUCCAGUCAAUGGGUCUACCUUUCCUCAGGCCUGCUGACUACUAUGCUGAAAUGGUGAAGUCAGAUACCCACAUGGAGAAAGUGAAGGGUCAGCUAUUGGCAGAGAAGAAGAAGAUUGAGGAAGCUGAGGAACGAAGGAAGGGUAGAGAGGCCAAGAAAUUAGCUAAAGAGAUUCAGGCUCAGAAGCAGAAAGAGAGAGCUAAACAGAAAAAGGAGGACAUUGAAUCUGUUAAGAAGUGGAGGAAGCAGAGACAACAGAGUGGUUUUGCUGGUGGCGAUAAAGAUGCUGCGAUGGAGUUGUCCCUUGAAGAUGGGAAAGCAUUUGAGAGGUCAAAUAAGAAGAGGCCUGGUGUGGCUCCAGGAGACCGGUCUGGAGGGAAAGCAAGACAAGGUGGAAUGGGAAAGAAACCAAAGAAGAGAGAAAUCAGGAACUCCAAGUUUGGAUCUGGAGGUAGGAAAGCUGGAAAGAAGCAGAACACAGCUGAUACGAUCAAUGACUUGCGAGGGUUCAAUAAGGACAAUGCAUCAGGAGAUAAGAAAAGGAAGAGGUGACAACAUCCUCUUUUGUUUUUAUCUCAAGAGGGGAUGUCAGUUACAUGGACUAAGAAUUAAAUUUUCCUGGAAAGAGAGAUUUGUACUUUUUAUGCUUUGAUCUAAUGGCCUUUUGACCUUAAAUUAACACUGAUAUUUCUUUACAAUGUUCUAGUUGGGUAAUUAUAGUUUGAAUUUGUGAUA